AUGUCGGUCGCGUACGGCGUCGGCCCUGCGGGCGACGAGUUCAUCGACUCGUCCAACGCGCUGCCCAUGUACGAGACCGACUUCCAGUUCCAGCGCACCGGCGGCGCCAGCACGAUGCACAUGCCGCUGGCCACGCCGUUCACGGCCUGGAAUCUGACGGCCCGUGCCGAGCUCCCCCGAGCUCUCCUCCAGCCCGAUAUAUUCUUGUUUGGCGUGUGGCAGUGGACCUCGCGGGUGCAGUACACAGUCUCGCUCCGCCUCGGCGUCUCGGUUCUAGCCGGGGCGGCCAUCGCCGCCCCUGUCAUCCGCACACGGUUUAGUCCCUCGUUAUUCAGCCAGAGUUUGCAGGGUCUGGGAGGAGACAUCUCAACACGGAUCAAGACAUUGAUUCACCCGUCUGGCGACAUCAACGACGGCAGCGACGGUGGAGACGGCGAUGACGCCGAUCUGAGGAGGAAGAGAGGUGCGGCAGUUGAUGACAUAGCCGUCUCUGCGCACGAACAGCUCGUGGCCGCCCAGCUGACUAUGAUCAACGUGCUGCUCGGCGAACACGUGCUCCAGCCCAUGGACUUCCUAAACGUCACGCUCGGCCCCGAGCUGAUGGCCAUGGCGCGAGACGGGCUGCCACACACGAUGCGCGCAGAUAAGGUCGGUAUGGACAAUAAGCAGUAUAUCUAUACCCAUGAUCAGCCUCUUUUUGAGCGCAUGGACAUGGUGGCCUUUGUGCUCGACGGCGUCUUCGGUAAGUUCGGCAGCCUGCUGCGCUCCGUGCUGGACGCACGCGUCGUGGGGGACCCGUCCCUCAUCCGCGACGCGACGCCCCCGCUCGUGGAAUCCAUUCAGGCCGGCAGUGAGUCGCCGGUGGACCUGAACGUGGCAUCUGUCGCCGCUCCCGAGGUCGCGGUCGAGGGCUUAUUUGCAGCUGUCGGCGCAGCAGAACCUGGACAGCCGCAGCAGCGGCUUCCCAUCUUCUCCUCGAGCUUCCAGGCGGUGCGCGACGUGGCAGCCACGAAGCCGCUCAGCGACAUCAAGGAGUCGGGCGGUAUCACAACCGUCGAGGCCGUCGGCACCACAGUGGGCUCGUCGGCGCUGUGGACGCCCGAGACGGUCGCCGCGUUCAACGACGCCGUCGUCCCAGCGCUGAGCGAGAGCUCCCAGAAGCUGCUGUCGGGCAGCGGAGACGGCAAUACCGUGUUGGCAAUGGCUGCCUUGAGCGUCUCACAGUCGGACCUGCAGCCGCUGGUCACGGCGUGGAUUGGCGCCAGCGCCGGCGAGGUUAUGGCACCGGCGCUGGCAGAGACGGAUAUCAACGCUAUAAUCGAGAGGUCGUCGAAGAAUUUCGAGGACAAGAGGAGUGCCAUAGACAAGCUAGAGAAACAGAAGAAGGCGGCGGCUGACGAUGCGACUAGGAGAGAGCUGCAAGCGCUGAUCGACAAGGCCCAGGACGAGCUCGACAGGCGACGGAGAAUGGCGAGAAGGCGAAGAGCGACGCCGACGCCGCAAAGGAGGCCAUUAGCAGCGAAGAGAUGA